AUGUUGGAGAUGAAGACUGUUUUCCCUGGGUUCUAUGUUCAGAGAACUAUUCAUAUUCAUGCUCAAGUUUUCACCAACUAUGUUCUCCACUCCAAUGGUACCGUUUUAACCGGAAACUCAAACUCUAUCGGUCAUUUCUAUUUCAACGAUACUAUUACCGAGACCAUCAUGGCCCAGGAACCUUAUGUAAGCCAUACUCAAAUCAACCACACCACCAAUGCUGAGGAUAACUACUACACCGGUGGUUUCGCACAUGGAAACAAUCCGGUUAUGGAUAUUGUUGCAGUUGAUGGAGAAGAUAUCACCAAGGGAAUGAUUGGAUAUAUUACCAUUGGGAUUGACACUGAGGCCAACCCUGAGUUGGAUCCCCCUAGAUCCUAG